AUGCCUUCUCCAGUCACAAUGAAAACAUCCCAAGAAUUCAGUUCACAUGUUGCUUCUUUCUUUCUUUCUUUCUUUCUUUCUUUCUUUCUUUCUUUCUUUCUUGUUUGUAUCAAUGCUGUUAUCUUUCUGCUUUCUGCUUUUAACUUGCCUCCUGCUUUUUUUUCAUUCUGUUCUUUAUCCUUCUCUUAUUCUCUUUUUUUCUUCUUUUUCAUUUUUUCUUUUGCUCUUAUUUUCUUCGUCUUUCUGCUUUUUGAAUCUUUCUGUUCCUUUCUUCUUCUUCUUCUUCUUCUUCUUCUUCUUCUUCUUCUUCUUCUUCCAUUUUGCUCUUCAUCUUCUUUUUCUUAUCUUUCUUCUAUUCAUUAUUCCCUGCCUCUCUUCUUUUUUCUUCUUCUAUUUCUUCCUUCUGUUCUCUCGUUAUUUCGUCUUGCUACCAUUAUUAACCUUCUAACCCUCAAUCUCUUCUACUUCUCUAUUUCAUCUUUCUCUUUAUCUUCUUUUUCUCCCCCUUCUUCUAUUCAUCAUUCUCCACAUCUCUCCUUCAUAUUCUUCUUCUUCUUCUUCUUCUUCUUCUUCUUCUUCAGGAUUUGUCAUAUUUUUCUAAAUAAAUAUUAUCUAUCUAUCUAUCUAUCUAUCUAUCUAUCUAUCUAUCUAUGA